ACUCGAUAUUAAAGCGUGUUGUAACGUAUGUUGCAUAAGGCGGAUUAUUUGAGCAUUUCCUUUAAUCUCCGAUAACUCAGAAGCUAUGAUACUGCAUGUAGGCGGUCAAAUCGAUAUUCUUCGUAAGUGGUUAAUGGAAAUGUUUCCAACGGAAAGAAGGCUGUCCGAGGAAAGCAGUCUGAGUCCUUUGAUAGUAGAAAAAGUAAUCAAAAAGCAUAAGCGAAUCAUUACAUUUUCAGAAUACAUCGAAGAAAUGUACACGAAUAUCGCGAUGGUGCUGUUCGUGUCGGAUACUUUAAUUAUUUGCUGUUUGGGUUACAUACUCGUCGCGUCAAUUGGAACGCCCGAUGGUCUAACAAUUAUAAUGAGAACAAUUUUAUUUUAUGUCGUUUCAAGUAUGGAAGCGUUUAUUUACUGCUUUGCUGGAGAAUAUCUAACUAAUAAGACUAGCAGCAUUGGGGAUGCUGCGUAUAAUUCUUGCUGGUACGAAGGAAAUUCCAGAGAGAGUAAAUUUAUUGUGUUUUUGAUAAUGAGAUCGCAGAAGCAAUUAACUAUUACAAUUGGAAAAAUCAUGGAAUUGUCUAUGGAGCGGUUUACCAGUAUUAUGAAAGCUUCAGCUUCGUAUAUAUCGAUUUUAAUCGCGACAUAUUGAAACGAAAUUAUAUCUUGUAGAGAGAUCAAAUGUUUAAUAAGUAUUA